GGUAUCGCCUAAAACCGUAGCGUUGUGCAUCUCCCUACUCAUCUCUGCCAAGAUAUCCAACUAUGCUAUCUGGAAAUUCACUAAUCCAUGCCGUUUUUACGGGAAUUUCUUAAAUGUGAUUUAAACCAAAAUUCAAGUUAUAACGAUGCUUUUCAAAUAAGAUAUUAAAGAGAAUAAAUUCUGUGGAAAAGGAUUACGGACGUAAAGGGCCCAGAUUGUUCGAGCAAUGGCGCCAUACUUUCCUUAUCAAGACAUAACAUAACCUUAUGCUUUAAUCAAGGUCUAAUUCUGAGUAACAGUACAGAAAUCGUAGUAAAAGUAUCCAAGAAUGUGCGAUUAAAAUAACGCUAUUUCUUCUGUAAAAAUGCUGGAUCUAAAUACGUAUGUCAAUGAAAUUGUAUGGUGGUGGUGCUGGUACGCUAAGGAAAUUUCAUGGCAGAUCGUGAUAGCUGUGAGCGCGUAUUUAUGUGUUUGCGUUUUUCUGUACUUUUUAUUAAAAAACACGAAUCACAGACCAUGGCAAAUACCUGGUCCACCAUCCAGAAUAUUAUUGGUGACGGCACAUCCAGACGACGAAGUUAUGUUCUUUGGCCCUACGAUAUACAACAUCGUCAGAGAUAAUAUCAGCCAGAUUUAUAUUCUCUGCUUGACUACGGGUGGUAACAAACAAAGGAAGGAGGAGCUAUGGGACUGUGCAAAAAUUCUUGGCAUACCUGAGGGCAAUGUCACCAUUAUAAUGAAUCCAGAAUUACCUGAUGACCCUACACUGAUUUGGCCAGAAACAGAAGUUUCGAAAAUAAUGUUAAAUUUUAUAGAAACUUAUAAAAUAAAUGCAGUGUUAACUUUUGAUAAAUUUGGCGUAAGCGGGCAUAAGAAUCAUAUUUCGCUCUUUUACGCAUUUGCUUCCAUGUAUAUGGAGAAGAGGGUGCCAUCAUAUUGCAAGCUGUAUAUAUUGGAGUCUGUAAACAUUGUUAGAAAGUAUGUUCAGCUAUUGGAUUUACCAAUCAGUUUGUUGUCUGGCUCGUAUUGGUAUUUCGUCGAUUAUAACCAAAGGCGAAUAAUAAAAGAAGCAAUGGCAGCACACAAGUCACAAUAUGUUUGGUUCAGAAAAUUAUAUAUGAUUUUUUCGCGGUACACGUUCAUCAACACGAUACAAGAAGUUGUUGAAUUGGACUUUGAUUUAGAUUUUCAAUUGGAUGAGGACUAAAGAUCUCAUUGGUCAGGCAUAUUUUGAAAAAUAUCGAUCACUGUACAUAGCGCGAUAAAAGUUUGUGUACUCUUGCGAUUAACGACGGAACUUACACGCUUGCGAAACAGUAUCAGUCGUUACGUUGUUUUAACAAUUUAUCUUCAUGCAUCUCUGCGUCUUCAUUGUCGAACCUUGUACAAAUUGCUAAUAACUGUCUAUAUAUCUAUUAAUCUGUAUAUAUUAUAAAAACGAAUGCUUAUGACUUCUCAGCGAAUGAAUGAAAUCGAAUUUAUAAUAAAAGACGUA